CGACUUGGGCCUGACAACGUUAACCUCUUUUGUGCUCCAUACAUCGCGGCCUUCUCCGGCCCACAGCCACCCACCCACCCACGCGGAGUCCCAACCCGAAGAGUUGAAAACCCUAGGCGGCGGCGGCGGCGGCGGCGGCGCAGCAGCAGCAGCAGAGGCUCCGGAGCAGAGAGGUGUUAAGGCGCGAAUCGUAGGUUCCAGCGGGAUCCCCAACAGCAGAACCAACACAGGCCGGGGCGUGCGACCGGAGGCGAGGGAGAUGACGCAGAAGCAGACCCUGUUCAAGGGGCAGAGCAAGAAGAAGACCGUCCCUCCCAACCGCCACGGCAAGGCGCCCCACGUUCGCAAAGGGAAGAGGGUCGUGAAGCCGACCAAGUUCACCAAGGACAUGGACGCUGACAAGGAACUCACCAAGUUCAUCGACCAGUGCAACGAAAUAAAGGCUGCUAAUCUUGCUAGCAAAGAAGGCGGUGACCUCAACAUAGUGAAGGCGGACGGUGAUCAAUCUAAUAAAUCAAAGUAGGAAGCCAGAAGGUGACCAAAAACUGAAGAUGAUUGGGUGCAGUGUGAUCUGUGGUAAUGCUGUAUGCUGGUUGCUGGGUUCCUGAAUGCCAUAUGGCUGGGUAGAAGGGCAUGUUUACUACAAAGCUUUGUUCUGUGGUGUAACUUGCCACAUGGCAUACAAGUUUUGUUCUUUAGCAGACUUUAAAUUAUGUUGAAAAUGUUGGUAUGUAAUUAUCCGAUCGUUGCAAAAUACUUUUUGUUUUUUUGGGCCGUGGGCCAAUGCGAGCGUCACUGUAAAAGCAGUAUGUUGCAAUCAUCGCAAGCAUAGAAGCUUGUUCUAUGCAUGCCGUUGCAAUCA